AUGUUGAACUUGACUUCUACUUUGAGAAAUCCCUAAGUAGCCUAUUAUUGCUGACCAUUACAUCAUCUCAGAUUUUCCUUCUGGAUGCCUCUACAAGCAUCUUGUGAUGGAAGGGAAAUAUUUUUGAAUUUAUAAUGGAUUUUACACAAUAUCGUAACACAAACUGGCCUAAUAGCAGCAUUUUGGUUUGAAGAGAAUAAGCGUAAUUACAAAUAAUCAUGACAACUUCUCAUAUGAAUGGACAUAUCACAGAAGAUUCAGACAAUGAAGCAAAAAAUGUGGAUCUUGUGUCUCUUGAGGAACCUCAGAAGCACAGAGAAAUGGCUGUUGACUGCCCUGGGGACCUGGGCUCCAGGAUGAUGCCCAUGCGGCGCAGCGCUCAACUAGAGCGAAUCCGUCAGCAACAGGAGGACAUAAGGCGCAGACGAGAAGAAGAGGGAAGGAAACAAGAACUGGACCUUACUGCUUCCAUGAGGCUAAAGAAACUAGCACAAAUUCCUCCUAAAACUGGAAUAGAUAACCCAAUAUUUGACACAGAAGAAGGGAUUGUUUUGGAGAGUCCUCAUUACACUGUGAAAACACUAGAAGUGGAAGAACUGUUAAAUUCUCUUAAGCAUAUCCAGCACGUUUUGGUAGACCCUCAGAGUCAAGAGGAUAUCUCGCUCAUUUUACAGCUUGUUCAAAAUAGCGAUUUUCAGAAUGCAUUUAAGAUCCACAACGCUGUUACAGUGCACAUGAACAAAGCCAGCCCUCCAUAUCCUCUCAGCUCCAAUGCACAAGAACUAGCACAAGAGGUGCAGAGUGUUUUGAAACCCAGCCACCAUAAGGAUGGACAGGAGCUUAAUGCUUUGCUGAAUGCCCCUCACAUGCAGGCACUUCUACUGGCUCAUGAUAAGGUUGCAGAACAAGAAAUGCAACCAGAGCCUAUGACAGAUGAGAAGAUUUAUGAGAAUGUUAGCGUGUAUGGAGGGGAGACUGUUAAAAUAGUUCGCAUUGAGAAAGCUCGGGAUAUUCCGUUGGGUGCUACUGUUCGCAAUGAAAUGGAUUCUGUUAUCAUCAGUCGAAUAGUCAAAGGAGGUGCUGCAGAGAAGAGUGGGCUGUUACAUGAAGGGGAUGAAGUUCUGGAGAUCAAUGGCAUUGAGAUCCGUGGAAAAGAUGUUAAUGAAGUUUUUGACUUGCUGGCUGACAUGCAUGGUACUCUGACCUUCGUAUUGAUUCCCAGUCAGCAGAGCAAGCCACCUCCUGCGAAGGAGACCGUUAUACACGUGAAAGCGCAUUUUGACUACGAUCCCUCUGAUGAUCCUUACGUCCCCUGCCGAGAAUUAGGCCUGUCUUUUCAAAAAGGAGACAUACUCCAUGUGAUCAGUCAAGAAGAUCCAAACUGGUGGCAGGCUUACAGAGAUGGAGAUGAAGAUAAUCAGCCAUUGGCAGGCCUUAUCCCUGGAAAAAGCUUUCAGCAACAAAGAGAAGCAAUGAAGCAAACCAUAGAAGAAGACAAGGAGCCUGAAAAAUCAGGAAAACUCUGGUGUGCGAAGAAAAACAAAAAGAAGCGGAAAAAGGUUUUAUACAAUGCAAAUAAAAAUGAUGAUUAUGACAAUGAGGAAAUUUUGACCUACGAGGAAAUGUCACUGUACCAUCAGCCAGCAAAUAGGAAACGGCCCAUCGUUCUGAUUGGCCCCCAGAACUGCGGCCAGAAUGAGCUGCGGCAGAGGCUGAUGAAUAACGAAGUGGAUCGCUUCGCCUCCGCCGUGCCCCAUACUACUCGGAGUAGGCGAGAGACUGAAGCAGCUGGCAGGGAUUAUCAUUUCAUCUCCAGACAGGCAUUUGAGAGUGACAUAGCUGCAGGGAAGUUCAUUGAAUAUGGAGAGUUUGAGAAGAACCUCUACGGUACAAGCAUAGACUCUGUGCGGCAAGUCAUCAACUCGGGCAAGAUAUGCCUUUUAAAUCUUCAUACCCAGUCACUGAAAACACUACGUAACUCUGACUUGAAGCCAUAUAUUAUAUUUGUUGCACCACCAUCACAAGAGCGACUACGUGCUUUAUUGGCCAAAGAAGGGAAAAAUCCUAAGCCAGAAGAGCUGAGAGAAAUCAUAGAGAAGACAAGGGAGAUGGAACAGAACAAUGGCCACUACUUUGAUACAGCAAUUGUGAAUUCUGAUCUUGAUAAGGCGUAUCAAGAGUUACUCCGGUUAAUAAAUAAGCUCGACACAGAACCCCAGUGGGUGCCCUCCACCUGGCUUCGAUGAGAGCAGUUCCAAGGGACAAAUGGACUUCAAUCUAGUUACCUUUCCAAGCAGAUCAUGUGUAGGUCUGCCCAAUUCUAGUAGAAAUGCAUGUGAGCUCUAGACCUCAGUGGCAGCAUCCUUUGCCAGUGAAAUUGCGUAUUACUGAAAAAUACGCUGUGAGUCAGCUUGUGAGCCAGUUUAACUGAUCAAAAGAUUGUACAAGUUUUCUUUCUCUGUGGUCUAGAAGUGGAGACCAUGUCAGUACUAAAUUCUAAAUCUUUAGAUAGAUUUUUUUUUCCUAGCAACUACUUUUAUACAUAAAUCCACUUUUUUAACUUAGAAUCACCCUUCUGACAAAGAUUUUAAGUGUGUUUGUGUGUAUAUAUAUAUAGUCCAUGCUGUCACAUAGUUAUAAAUAUGAAUGUUAUUUAACACUUAACUUAAUGACUUUGUGGGACAUGAUGCUAGUUCAGGAGCAUAACUCUACAGAUCACUGGGCAGAGAAAUACUCUACACAUGAAAAAUACCAAUGACAAACCUCUCCUGUUCAAAAAAGUACCCAGAAUGAAGAUGCUGCUCUGGUCUGGAGCUGCCCUGUGAGGCUUGAGUUAAUAUUUUAUUUCUCAAACAUUCCACUUUCUAAUAGCACUGUAAUUGAAACAUGUGUAUAAUGUAAAUAUUUCGAUCCUUGUGUCUUUUUAGUCAGACUUUUAAAAUCAGAUUUGACUGCACAGUAAUUUUAGGUCCAAUCAAAGAUGACUAUUAUAUUGAACUUCUAGAUGUGAUAUUUUUAUGCUAUUUUCUUUAAAACAUACUGACUGAUUGGAGACGCUCUUUUUCACAGACCUGUAGACGUAGAAAGGCAGAGGUUAUAUUUUUGUGAAAAUAUUUAGUUAUAAGACAUGCUGCUUGAAAGUCAACUAAAAUUCUCAUGUUUUAUAACAGAAUACUGACUAAUACAGACUGAUGUGCUGAACAUGGGAAGACAGUGGGGUUUUUUAAUCUCUGCAAAUGGUUCAUGUUGUGGCUGUUGGACUAAUGGACAACUAACUGGAAUUAAAAUAGCUGAAUGUA